UGGGAAAGGCUGCCCGGUCUGCUCGUCUCUGUGCAGGCCGCCAUCUUUAUCCUUUUCCCUCCAUUGCUUCACACUCAGCUCAGACUGUGUUCUAAUUCCAAAGAUGCGUUUUGAUGCUACACCGUCUUCCUCUUUCUUUUCUCUUUCUCCCUUCACUUUCUGGUAAAAGCUUCUUCAAAACCCUAACUCCAAUUUGUUCCGAUCUCAGUCUCUCUCUCUCUGUUUCUCCAUGUCUUCUCACGGCGAUACUUGCGAUCCACUGCUACAUUCGUUGUUCCAGAGUUUGCUUUUCAAAUUCUAGGAUUCAGAGGCUCGUAUUUUUCUGUUGAAUUCUAGUUUCAGGACUGAUUAUUAUUAGGUAUGAAGCGGGAGUUGGCUUUUGAUUUGGAGGUUCAAUCUCAGCUUGAGGGGGAUCUUGGUCAUACUCGAAGUGAGACUCUAGCUGAGGCGAGGUCGGGUAGCUAUUUGGACGAGGCUGCUCCGAGUGGUAGCUGCAAGAGAUUUAAAGGCGCUGUUGUGAAUGGUCUGAUUGUAUAUACUAGGGGAAGGAAGUCUCCGAUCAAUGUGUACAGUGGGCUGUCGGAGAAUGAUAAUAGGAAGAAGUGUUAUAGCGGGGUUGAGCAGGAAAUUCUUGGAAGCUUGGAAGUUGGUAAGGGCUGUAUGAAUCAGGAGGUUCGAAUUCAAACUAUAGUUCCGGAUAAAUUGAAUUGCAAUUCAAAGAGUUCUGACUGUAAGAAAGAGUCUGAUGGGGCGAUGGAAAAAUCUGCAGAUAAGGAAGAAGGAGCGGCGGGGAAUCCUGAAGUUACUUCAAAGGCAAGAAAAGUUGAGGAAAGAUUGUCUAGAUGGGGAAUUAGGCGCUUUACACGCUCCUCAUUCAGAUCGAAGGUUGAGCUCGAGGAAGUCACAGUCACCCCAAUUACAAUAGGAUCUGUUAAAGAGGAGGUUAUUCCAGAUGUCGGUGGAGAAACAAAUGAAACAGUCAACUCAGUGUCAACUCCGAAGAACAAGUUGGAAUUAAAAAUGUCCAAAAAGAUUGCAUUGAACAAGAAGCCAAUGACUGUGAGGGAGCUGUUUGAUACUGGUUUGCUCGAGGGGGUACCUGUCAUCUACAUGGGUGUAAAGAAGGCAUAUGAACACGGCCUGCGCGGUACAAUUAAAGAUGGUGGGAUUUUGUGUACAUGCUCAUCCUGCGAUGGAUGCAGAGUCAUUCCUCCUUCACAAUUUGAGAUCCACGCUUGUAAACAAUAUAAACGAGCAGCACAGUAUAUAUGUCUUGAGAACGGGAAGAGCCUACUCGACCUGGUGAGAGCAUGCAAGAGAAGUAGGCAGACACUUGAGGCCACCGUACAAAGUCUGAUUAGCUCUUCGCCUGAAGAAAAAUGUUAUACGUGUAGAGAGUGUAAAGGAUGCUUUCCUUCAUCCAUUGGAAAAGUGGGACCUUUAUGCCCAUCGUGCGAGGAAUCAAAGCGAUCUAAGUGUACGCAGUCACUGCCAAUGCCCCUCACUUCCGCAAUUGAUAAGAGACCGAGGUCAACAGAUCCAACCACAUCAAAAUCAUCUGGAAGUGUUCCAGUAUAUAUCUCUUCACGAUAUAAGCGCAAAUGGGUAACAAAAGCAAAGUCAAAACCGUCCGAAUACAUUUCCAUCUCAAGGUCCCCCAAAAGUGCACCAAUGCGUAUUCCUAAAAAGAAUAAGAGUGCAUUGAAGAUGAGGAAGAAUUGCAGGUCAUUGAAACCAGCUUCAAUGCUAAAAUCCUCCCAAAGUGCUUCAAAGUGUAGUUCUUCAUUAGCUAAAAAUCGGUGGAAAAUAACAAUGAAAGAUCAGAGGUUGCAUAAUUUGGUUUUUGAGGAAGACGGAUUGCCUGAUGGAACUGAAGUAGCAUAUUUUGCCAGGGCACAGAAACUGCUCCAGGGUUAUAAGAAGGGAUCUGGAAUUUUAUGUUGCUGCUGCAAUUGUGUGGUUAGUCCUUCACAAUUUGAACUUCAUGCUGGCUGGUCUUCUCGCAAGAAUCCUUAUGCAUACAUUUACACAUCAAAUGGGAUUUCUCUGCAUGAAUUAGCAAUUUCUCUCUUGAAGGGGCGCAAGUAUUCUGCUAAGGAUAAUGACGACUUGUGCAUAAUAUGUCUAGAUGGUGGAAAUCUUUUGCUUUGUGAUGGCUGCCCUAGGGCAUUCCAUAAAGAGUGUGCAUCCUUAUCAAGUGUUCCUCGUGGUGAUUGGUAUUGUAAAUUUUGCCAGAAUCUGUUCCAAAGGGAGAAUCUUGUUGAGCAUAAUGCCAAUGCUGUUGCAGCCGGAAGGGUGCAUGGAAUUGACCCUAUUGAGCAGAUAACUAAAAGAUGCACUCGAAUGGUUAGGAACAUAGAAACAGAUCUUAGUGGAUGUGUGUUAUGCCGUGGCUCUGAUUUCAGCAAAUCAGGUUUUGGUCCCCUCACAAUUAUACUUUGUGAUCAGUGCGAGAAGGAAUUUCACGUGGGCUGUUUAAAAGACCACAAAAUGGCAUUUCUUAAGGAAUUGCCAAGAGGAAAGUGGUUUUGUAGCACAAUUUGUACGAGCAUACAUUCUGCUCUACAGGAGUUGCUAAUUCGUGGGCCAGAAAAGCUUCAGAAUUCACUUUUGGAUGCUGUCAAUAGAAAACUUGUAGAAAAUGGUUCAGACAUUAAGACUAAUGUUGAUGUCAGUUGGAGGCUUAUCAGUGGCAAAAUUGCUUCACCUGAAACUCGGUUGUUGCUGUCAGAGGCCAUUGCUAUCUUCCACGAUCGCUUUGAUCCUAUAGUUGAUAUAACAAGUGGACGCGAUCUUAUUCCAGCUAUGGUUUAUGGAAGGGAUGUAGGUGGACAAGAGUUUGGAGGCAUGUAUUGUGCCCUAUUAUUUGUCAACUCAUUUGUUGUAUCUGCUGCAAUGCUUCGUGUUUUUGGGCAAGAUAUUGCAGAGCUGCCCUUGGUUGCAACGAGUAAUGGUAACCAUGGCAAGGGCUACUUCCAAACGUUGUUUUCGUGCAUCGAGAGGCUGCUAGCUUUCUUGAAAGUUAAGUGCCUUGUUCUCCCGGCUGCCGAAGAAGCUGAAUCCAUUUGGACUGAAAAGUUCGGUUUCAAGAGAAUAAAACCAGACCAGCUCAGCAGCUAUAGAAGAACUUGCUGCCAGAUGUUAACUUUCAAAGGGACAUCCAUGCUUCGGAAAACGGUUCCUUCAUUUCGGGCUGUAGGUGAUCCAUUGUGACCAAGCAUGGAGGGUGUGAGGUUCCCUCUAAUCUCCCUUCCUCUCUCUAUUCCCUCUCCCACCAUCAUUCUGUGGGUUUGCCUGUGUAUAGCUUAUAAACCCUUUUCCCUUUUUAGGCUAAAUAUCCAUUUUAGUUUUGUAUUACAUCUUCAAAUGUAGCUUUCCCUUACCUUCUCCUUGUCCCUUGCCUUCCUGACUGCCUCCAUAUCGUAGGUGAUGGCUUUAGUCACAACCACCAGCCAUUCUAGACAUCCUUCCAUUCAUACUUGUGAUUAUUCAAGUGCCUCAAACGUUAGUAUGAUGUGCUUAUAGUUGAUUUUGCUGUGUAAAUGACUUCAGAAGAAAAAAUAUUAUUUAAAAAUAGAACGACAUUGCAAAUCUUAUUUAUUUUA